UCCGCUCCUCUGCCAACGCGCCUCCAUUUCUCCCAUUCCAAAUUCCAUUUUUCCCAAUUCCUCUCUUUCUUUCUUCUUUGUUUUUUUUCAUCUCAACUCCGUUGAAUUCUUCUGCCAGUUUUGUUUAAUUCUCGUAGUUUUUGAUGUUACGAUCGCGAACUGCGUCUGAUUCUCAAGAAAACAGAGGAAUUCCGAGCUGUGCCGAGCUUUCUUCGCCACAUAGUUGAUUCAAGGAAAUAGUUUGUUGGACACAGGGUAUUGUGAGUGAGGGCCAAGAAAGGAGCUAAUUGUUCAAUUUGAAAAAUGGAGCUAAAUACAGUCAAAGAUGCCUUUGAUCGUGUUGUUAAGAAGCAAAAGCUAUCAUCUUCACGAUCUCAUGAAGUAAUUGAUCAAGUUGGCCAUGAAAUUGAACAGGCAAUCGCACAAAUUCUGUCACCUCAUGACCCCACCUCCCCUGUUGAUCAGAAGUCCAUUCUUUCAGAGCUUAAACACAGACUCAAUGCAAUUGCUCCACUGCAACAGUUGGAAGGUUCACAGAAGGAACUAAACGUAAACCUCAGCAAAUACGCUAAACUCCUUGAGAAAACCUUCAAUCCCGAUGUAUCCAAAGCAUACAGCAAUGUUGACUUUGACCACCAUAUUGUUAAUAAAAUCAUUGCAAACCAUUUUUACCAGCAAGGCUGGUUUGAUCUUGGAGAUAGCAUUAUAAAUGAGGCAGGAGUACCUGAGGCAGCCAUUUUAAAAUAUCAGUUUUUGGAAAUGCAUCAGAUAAUCGAGGCCAUGAAGGUUAGAAACCUUGAGCCUGCUCUGAGAUGGGUAUACGCUAACCGAGAAAAGCUCACGCAGAAUGGCUCUGAUCUUGAGCUUAAACUUCACAGUCUUCAGUACAUGGAAAUAUUACAGAAUGGAAGCCAAAGUGAUGCACUUAACUAUGCCAAAACCUACCUUGCUCCUUUUGCUUUCCUUUACAAGGAUGAUAUCAUGAAGCUUAUGGGGUGCCUUGCGUUUCGGGGAAGGCUUGCCAACUCUCCAUAUUCAGAGUUAAGGUCACCAACCCAUUGGGAGAAAUCGACCGAGGAGGUUAUCCAUCAGUUCUGCAGUCUUCUCGGGCAGUCCUCCAACAGCCCGUUAGGCGUGGCAAUAGCCGCUGGAUUUGAAGGGUUGCCUACUCUGUUGAAGCUGGCAAACGUAAUGGCUGCUAAGAAGCAAGAUUGGCAUGCAAUGAGGCAGUUACCAGUACCAGUUGAAUUGGGCAAGGAAUUUCAGUUCCAUUCAACAUUUGUUUGUCCCGUGAGCAGAGAGCAAAGCAGUGAUGAGAAUCCUCCGAUGUUGAUGCCAUGCUUACAUGUGCUCUGCAAGCAGUCCAUCAUGAAGCUGUCAAAGAGCAGCACAAGAACAUUUAAAUGUCCUUAUUGUCCGGCAGAGGCUUCAGUUGCUCAGUGCAGGCAGAUAUAUUUCUGAAAGUUUAUGAAUCUCUCUUUCUUACAAGUCGAAAUCAUCUGUAUCAAUGAUAUUGGUGCAUUUCAUCUAUUGUGGUUGUACAUAAGAAUUCUUUCUAAAUUUAUGUUCUGAUUUUAAAAUGAUCAUACAAUUGAAAAUAUUGUAUAUCGACUUGCCUAUGCUACCAAGGUCAAGAGAGCCUUCAACUAUCCGGGUGAAAUUCAACAAAGAAACUGCAGUUGCCUCCUUAAUUUCAGCUUAUUCAUUUUCCCAUUAUCUGGUUAGGUAGGAAGCAAAAUUGUAGUAAAUGGUCCUUUUUUUUUUGUCUUGCUUUGUUUUACUAAA